AUGACAACGGAUUCCUAUAUUACUGCGAAAGAAAGGCAAAUGGCUCUACAAAUAGUUGUGCGCGAUCACCAAGCAGUUCACUUAACAGAGGAUCGUCAGAAAGCGCUUAAGCAACUAAAACUGCAGAAAGACGACUCUGGAAUAUUCCACUGUCAAGGUCGCAUGGACAACUAUAUCCUGCCAUACCAAGCUCGACAGCCUAUCUUCAUAGUUGCCAAAAGCGAUAGUGAGGGAAUCACACAGUCCAAUACAUUGCAGUAUCCGGAGAUGGAGGACCUCCCUGAUCGACGCGUACAAAGAGCACGGCCAUUCGAGCACGUUGGUAUCGACUAUUUUGGUCCCCUCACGGUAAAAGAACGCGAUGAAACCGUCAAAGCCUAUGGUAUUAUCAUGACGUGUCCAGUGACAAGGCUUCUCCACUUGGAACUCGUGUCAGAUAUGACUACUGCUAACCUGCUAAACGCUCUACGACGGUUCUUUGCUGGGAGAGGUGUCCCAACCUCGAUCACUUCGGACAACGGGCCCUAUUUUCUUCUAGGAGAGCAGAUUCUCCAGGAUGCUGUACUGCCGGUCAUCAACGACAAGUCCUUUGCCAACGCCAUGGCUACAAAGGGAAUCACGUGGAAGACCACGCCGUACGCUCCGUGGAAGGGAGCUUUCUAUGAGCGUUUGAUCAAAUCUGUUAAACAUUCCCUUUACAAAGUCAUUCAAGGAAGGUUCCUAACAAAGUCAGGAAUGGAAACCUUGCUGAUUGAGAUUGAAGGCAGUCUCAAUACAAGACCGCUGUCAUAUCAGGAACAGCAUUGGGAUGAAACUCCGAUUUUGCGAUCGAUCGACUACAUACAGCGUGACAUGGUGAUCACAUUCCCUUUUGAAACAUGUAGCACCGGAAGUGAGGAUGAAAACUAUCUUCCACUUGAGGAGACAAUUGCAUUUCGAAACCGUCGCCAAGCGGAAGAGGCUCUUAAAUCAAGUCACGUGUAUACCGAGCGCUUCAGGAAAAUAUGGAGUCAACAAUAUCUUAGCAGUAUUCGAGAAACUCACAAACUCGAGAUAAGCAACAAACGAGGAUCACGAACGAGCCCGACUUUAAAUAAAGUGAUGCUCAUCUCAGAUCCAGUAAUGCCUCGUAUUUCCUGGAAAAUUGGAAUAAUUCGUAAAUUGAAGCAAUCUCUAACGGGAGUGGUACGUGAAGCAGAGAUUCAACUACCGAAGCGCCGCCUCGUUCGCCGACCUGUCAAUCUUCUCGUGCCGAUUGAAUUGGACGACAACGAAGAAGCUGCCGACGGCGAAAGUGCUAACAAGAUGAAACAAGUGCUCGCCCCAUGGACGAAGCCCCCGAAUUUACAAAAGACGCUUCUUAUAACACUAAUGCUGCUGUCACUACUAGCGCUUUUCAAUGCAUCAGUGGAAGCAGUUUCCACUCCAUUGCCUUCCGUUCGAGCAUUCGUACGCUGCUCUCCAAAAGGAGUUGAACUCACAUCGUUCAACGCACAGAAGUAUGAGCUUUGCGCAAGAGAAUACUGCAUCGUUAAAGAAAAACCACCGAAAAAGGGAAAGAUACAGCUACCCCCAGAGAUCACCUUGCAGGACUACUUCAUUCAAUGGAAAAUCUCCGAUGGUCACCAAGUGACAGUUGUUGAAGCCACCUGCCCUCAAGUACCGUUCUGCGAAAACGUUUAG